GGCAGACCGGAUAUAGUGAAUGCGGGGUCCAGGCAGACCGGAUAUAGUGAAUGCGGGGUCCAGGCAGACCGGAUAUAGUGAAUGCGGGGUCCGGGGAGACCGGAUAUAGUGAAUGCAGGGUCCGGGGAGACCGGAUAUAGUGAAUGCAGGGUCCGGGGAGACCAGAUAUAGUGAAUGCAGGGGUCCGGGGAGAGCGGAUAUAGUGAACGCAGGGUCCGGGGAGAGCGGAUAUAGUGAAUGCAGGGUCCGGGGAGAGCGGAUAUAUGAAUGCAGGGUCCGAGGAGAGCGGAUAUAGUGAAUGCAGGGUCCGAGGAGACCGGAUAUAGUGAACGCAGGGUCCGAGGAGACCGGAUAUAGUGAAU